CACCUGAGACUGACGUGAAUUUAAGCCAAUCACAGCGCGGACUGGUGACGCCAGCUCCCACCAGUCACCCAAUGGGAGAGUUUACUGGUGGUGUAAAAAUAACAGUCGGAAAAAUGAGAAAAACGAAGGCAGCGGAGUGUGAGGCCUGGAGGAGACACACAACUGAUGUUUAUUCCACAUUUUACUGAGGAACAAGGAACACAACACUGUGUUACUCCCGGAACAAGAUUUUCAAUGAAGACAAGAAGAGGAUGCUCUGAGUUUCCUGGUUGAAUUUACUCACUGCAACUUUUAUUCUCCAUUAACAAACAUACAGGGUGUUGUGAGUCAUGGGAAGCUUCAAGGGCCACGCUCUCCCUGGGAGCUUCUUCCUUGUAGCUGGGCUCUGGUGGACAGCAAAGUACUCGCUCUGGCACGCCACCCGCAGGAACAAGAACGUAGGUUCCACCCGGUUGGCCAGCAGAGCCUCGCAGCGCCGCCUGGAGAUCAUUGAGAGCUCUAUCGUAGUCUUCUUCUCUUUUUUUGGGAUGCUGGCAGAGCAGUUUUUUGCAGGUGGACCGAAGCUCCGGUUGUACGACUUUACAGAGAAACACUGGGAAUAUCUGAUGAACUGGCAGCAUGCAACCAUGUACCUCUUCUUUGGCCUGGCUGGGAUAGUGUCUCUGAUUAUCCACACCACAGAGGCUUUCCCACUGACUCUGGACAGGUUAAUGAUGGCUAUCGCUUUCUUUAAUGAAGGAUUUCUUUUUUUCUACCAUCUCCAUGGGAGAAGUAUGCUGGACGUCCACGUACAUCAGCUGCUGCUCUAUGCCAUCUUUGGAGGGGCUUUUGUUGCUUUCCUGGAGGUCUUCCAACGAGGCAACAUCAUUCUGGAGCUGGUGCGGUGCUGCCUCACUGUCGUGCAGGGCACCUGGUUCUGGCAGAUUGGCUUCGUGCUGUACUCUCCCAGUGGCACUGAGUGGGACAUGAAGGAUCACAACAACAUGAUGUUCAUCACCAUGUGUUUCUCGUGGCACCUCGCCUUCGCCAUGCUCCUCGUGGGUUUGCUGUACUGCGCCGUCAGCUGUGGGGUUCGCUCCAGAUUGAAGAGGACUCCUCCGAUGGAAAUGGGGCUCCUGAAGCCCAGCGAGAGGGACCCAGAGUCAGAGGAUGAGAUUUUAUAAGGAGGACUGUUGUUUAACUUCACUGUGAUUCGUGUACAUCACAGUUGAAUCAGGGAUAUAAUGUUUGCAGCAAUACAGCUAGAAGCGUGGCAUUCAAACAAGAAAGGGAUGAGGACAUGUGCUUUACUUUAGAAAUAUAUCCUACCUCUGCCUUAUUUAAUCUUUAUUGAUGGAGGAAAUUUAUCUUCAGCUCAUCCAACACAAAAGAACAACAACGUAAAACAAACACAUGUGCAAGGUCAUAUGAUUGAUUACAUUUUUUUUUUAAUAAUAUUAUGUCAAUUUAUGUGGGUAAAUCUCAUUGGUCACUAUUGAUAUUGAUGGCACUUGGGAUGAAGGACUUCUUAAAUACAUUUUGGUCGCUACAGGGACUCUCUAGCGCCUCCCGGAGCUGAAACAGGCUGAACAGAGGAUGGGAUACUUUGCAUAUAUUCUUCCGUAUUCAUUUAUUAUUAAUUUGCCAAAGUUUUUAUCGAUCGCAUGCUUUUCAUUUGACCAGACAAACAUUUCUUGUCAGACAUGUUGGUGUUCAGUAGUGCCACCUUGUGGUAAAAACAAUGAUCACCAUCAGCACAGCAUAUAUUACUUGAAAGUAUUUGUGUUUCAUAAAGAUAGGAAAUUGAGUCACACAUGUGAGUCGAACCCAAAGCCAAACAAUAAAUUAUUUAUGUUGAAUUUUUGCUGUUUGAGAUGUAUUCAGAUUAAAUUAUUAUUGCUUUUGCUGUAAAUGUUUUUUUUUUUUUCAGUGUGGAUAAAUGUUUUAACUGUGUCUUUGUGUGGGGACUUUCUGCUUGUCAGAGGAACUCACACUGUGUCUCUAGUGUUCUUAUCAUACACGUUCCUAUGAUUUGAAUAGUUAUCAUUGGGUUAUUUACAGAAGUCAUGGUUACAUUAAUGUUAGCUUUUUUCCUCCACUAGUGACACCUCAAAACUUGUAAACCAAAUGAUCACCCAUGAAUCACAUAAUCAUCCCAGCAGAAGGUAGCCAUUUUAUCACACUGGUUCCUCCUGCCCAUUCCAACAGCACAACACACCCUGCAUCACUGGCAACGGGUUUUCACAAAGAUCUUAUAUGUGGAAUAAGAAUAAGGCAUAUCCUUGAGUGUUCAAACAAGUGAAGCAUAUGUUCCUGCUAAUGUUAACCGCGAAAUAAUUGUGUUUUGGCAUAGCAACUAAUUAUUGUUGUCGUUGUUUAAGCUUCUUGUUAUUAUCUUGUAACUCCAAUGUUUUAUCAAUAAAAUAUCAUAAAAUACUAA